AUGGUUUCGUUGACCGUCAGGCUGUCGACACGCAUUCCACGCGCCAUACAUACGUCUGCCAUCCACUUAAACAAUCGCAGUGGAGGAAAUGGCGUCAAACCCGCCGAGGACGUAAUAGAUCAUAAUGACGAGACCGAACAUCAAACCGGUACAGAAACAUCCGGCGGGCGUUGGAGAGGCAACGCAACAGGCUCUAUGAGAGCACGCCAGCAACGGAGGAGACAGGUUUCUGCUUUGCCACCGGUCGAACUACCUCAGAGCUUCCUUCAACAUAACAUAUGCCAUUACUCACCCCAAGAACCACCACGACUGCCCAUCGCGCUGGCGGAAGAUGCAAAACACGCAAAAUUAUCCCCACUUUCAAUUGACCAAGGACCAUCCAUAAAACAAAAGUCUGAAGCCCUGGAGAUAUAUUUUGAAGCAGCGUUGAAGCACCUCUUUGCCCGGGGCCAUGAACUCGCCGUGGACUUUGAAAACUUUCGUUUAGACAAAGAGGAUCGAAGAUGGGAAUCUCCAGAGAUUAUAGCACGGGCAGUCCGGAUCGGGGAUAUGACUGUUGACUCGGUUAUGCAUUUGAUCAAUGCUAUAUACCCUACCCGAGUAUCCGAAUAUUCUUACAAAGUACGACCGUUUUGGUGGUCUCAUGUUCCUAAAAUUUUGAACAGUGGGCUGCCGGGCCAUCGUGACCAGCUCUCUUCGCUUGUGGCUUCUUUGGAUGAUCAGCUUGAUUUUGCUGAACAAUAUGAAUAUCCCCUGCCCCAUGUUAUCGCCGACCUCCCCGUUGACACGUUCGUCGCUCUGCGAAAGUUGAUAUCUCGCGAGUUGCUCGCAUCACCACCGCCAUCGUUCGAUUAUAAAACCAGCAAGAGACCAAUCACAAUUCUUUCUGUAUCAGGAUAUGGAGGGAAGUCAAUUUCGGAGGCGGUCGGAAAAUACUUCGCACACUACAGCGGCGCAGACUUGAUCCAACUGAAUGCGUAUAAUCUCUCGGAGCUUGUCGGUGACUAUUUGGGUCAAAAUUUGGCUUUUUCACGGGGCCCUCUUUCAAUGUUGGGAUUCAGAGCUGCCGAAUUGAAUGGCAAAACCGCAGGUGGUCGGGAUGAGAGGCCACUUGAGAGCCAGGAUGACGACUCCGAUGCGGACGCUGGAAUUACCACAAGUAAUUCAAGCUCAUCGACUGUGGUAGAGGAGCUCCAGAAGUUACGCCAGGGAGAGUACGAGAGUUUCAGCAAGUGGGAAAAUCUGAAGAUUGACAAAAUAUUGGACCAAAUUAUUCGAUCGGCUAGCCUUGGCUUUCCUCAAUCUCGUACUCGACCAGUAUUGAUCCAUCUCCACGACAUCAUUGAGUUAGGCAUGACAAUUGAAGGCUCUCUACUGAUUAGCCGGCUACGAGCCCUCGCGGACAUUGCCUGGCAGCAAGGUUUGCAAAUCGCUAUUCUCGGUUCCUCAUCAUGUGAACAACAGUCAGAAGAAUACUUGAAUACGAUCAGGGAAUUUGCCACUAACGACUUUGUCAUCACCCGCCAAGUCCAACCAGAUUAUGUUGAGCGGUAUAAUACAGCAAAGGGACAUGUUCGAACUCAAAUGCCAUUCCACCUGCAAAAGGCCGAUUACCUUGUUGAAAAUGUUGACAAUAUUACACGCAUGCUGAGAGCUCUGGAUCCUGAAUCAUCGUCGGAAGUUUCUGGCCUGUCACUUGAAUCCGUUUUAACCUAUCUGCGUUCUUCAAACCCAAAAUUUUCGAUGUUACAGACUUCGAUUCUUCCGGCACCCGAAAUUUAUCACUUAGCAUGUGCCUUCAAGUCACAAGAUAAGGCUAAUGCUGAUAGCUCACAAUCCGGCUUUCAAGAGCGCUUUAACCUGGGUCGCCUCCAACAGUGGCAUGGCGAUAAUCUCCUCAGCGAAGAUCAUGCUGAAGGGGAUGUUUUCAAUGCAGCUCCUUCAGCUAGUGAUGAUCCUACUACUUUGGAGGGUCGUGCUACCUUGAAGUUGAAUGAAUACGAGAAGCGAAUAGCUUCUGGCCAGAUAAAUCGCGAGAAUCUUCGAACAACAUUUUCAGACGUUCAUGCUCCGCCCGAAACCAUAUCUGCUUUGAAGCUUCUCACCUCACUCUCCCUCGUGAGGCCGGAUGCAUUCUCAUACGGUGUAUUAGCGCAAGACAAGAUUUCGGGUUGUCUCCUGUAUGGACCGCCUGGAACAGGUAAAACCAUGUUGGCAAAGGCGGUUGCAAAGGAAAGCGGCGCAAACAUGCUUGAAGUUAGCGGCGCAUCGAUCAAUGACAAAUGGGUUGGGGAAAGCGAAAAGCUCAUUCGUGCAGUCUUCACCUUGGCCAAAAAAUUGACUCCAUGUGUCGUUUUUAUCGACGAGGCAGAUUCAUUGUUGGCUAGUCGAAGCAUGUUCGCCAACCGGGCUUCUCAUCGUGAACAUAUCAACCAGUUCCUCAAGGAGUGGGACGGAAUGGAAGAGACAAGCGCCUUCAUAAUGGUUGCCACCAACCGGCCUUUUGAUUUGGAUGACGCUGUCUUGCGGCGACUGCCGCGUAAAAUUCUUGUUGAUCUCCCUCUUGAGGAUGACCGGCUGGCGAUCUUAAAAUUACAACUCAAAGGAGAGAUAUUGGAUGAUUCCGUAUCAUUGGAUGAGUAUGCCAAACGAACUCCUUACUACUCAGGAUCAGACCUUAAAAACAUUUGUGUCGCUGCAGCGAUGGCUGCGGUGGAAGAGGAAAAUGAGGCUGCGGCCAAACACAAAGGCCCUCACCCCUUUCAAUACCCUGAAAGACGAAUUCUUCAUAAGAUUCAUUUCGAAAAGGCCUUGAAAAGUAUUCCUGCAAGUAUCAACGAAGAUAUGGUAUCUCUAAAACUAAUCCGGAAAUUCGAUGAGGAAUACGGGAAUAGAAAAAGAAGUGCCACCAAGUCAAAUAUGGGCUUUGGUUUUGCGGAGGAUAAGCGCCAUAUCAAACGAUGA